AUGGCUACGCCCGUGUUCGUCGCUGUCGACACGCCCGACCUUGAGGCGGCCACGAGCAUGGUCGGCUCUCUCCAGAUGCCCGGGCUCGGCGUGAAGCUCGGCCUCGAGUUCUUCUGCGCCCACGGCGCCGCCGGCGUCCGCUCCGUCGUCGAGGCGGCGGGCUCCGCGCCGCUCUUCCUCGACCUCAAGUUCCACGACAUUCCGAACACGGUCGCCGGCGCGGUGCGCGCGACGGUCGGCCUCGGCGCCGCGCUGCUCAACGUCCACGCCGGUGGCGGUCCAGAUAUGAUGCGCGCCGCGGCGGCGGCGGCGGCAGAGGAGGCGGAGCGGCUGGGAGUGCCGCGGCCGGCGAUGCUGGCGGUGACAGUGCUGACGAGCCUGGACGACGCGGACCUGGUGGCGGUCGGGCAGGCGCCGCCCGUGCGAGAGCAGGUCGUCCGGCUCGCCAAGCUCGCCAAAGAAUGCGGCAUGGAUGGCGUCGUCUGCUCCGCCGCGGAGAUCAGCGCCAUCCGGGAGGCGAGCGCGUGCGGGCCCACCUUUCAGCUCGUCGUGCCCGGCAUCCGGCCGGCGGGCGCCGCAGUCGGCGACCAAAAGCGCGCCCUUGCACCCGCCGGGGCGCGCGUCAUGACGCCCGCCCAGGCGAUGGCCGCCGGUGCCACGUCGCUCGUCGUCGGAAGGCCUAUCACGCGCGCAGACGAGCCGAGGGUUGCGGCGGAGGCGGUCGUGGCGGAGGCGCGCGGCGCCGCGCCGCCGGCCUGA